AUGACGUCAGUCGAGGACGAACGGUCCCCGCGGGCAGGGAGGAAAAGUUCUGGGCCGGUCAGAAAAAGCGAUUGCGAGAUGAAAGGGGAGGUAAAGGGAAAUGAGGCUACGAUUAGGGUUAGAGGAGAGAAAAAGGGGAGAGGGAGAAGCGAAGGGGGGCAAGCAGGGGGGAAGGGAGGCGGAGAAGGGGAACGGAACGGAGCGGGAGGGGAAAAGAAAUGGGGGGGGACAAGCGGGGGGGAAAAGGCGCAGGGCGGAGGGUUGAAGGGGCUGAGCGCAGGGGGGAAGAAGGGAGAUGCGCGCACAAGUGCGGGCAUGGUUGGUGCCACGGGUGGGGGUGUGGGUGGGGUAGGAGAGGGAGUGACGGAGGGAAUAGCGGAGGGGCUUAUAGACGGUUUGGCGGAGGGAAUAGCUGAGGCGCUGGGGGGGAAACGCGCAGAGGGGAAAGCGGAGGGGAGAGAGGCGAGACGAGCAGAGGGAGCAGCAGCAGCAGCGGCAGCAGCAGCAGCAGCAGCAACAGCGACAGAAGAAAGGGCAACAGCAGCAAAGGGGCGUGUUGAUAUGCAAGGGAAUGAGGAAGAGGCGUCAAGAGGGGAUGUAGAUGGAUGGGUUGACCCUGUAGCGGAGUACAUAGGAUGGUCUAUAACGGGGAUGAGGAGGGGAGGGGGAGGGGAUGUGGAAAGAGGGGAAGAGGAGGGAGGAUGGGGCGAGGAGUGGGAGGAGGAAGGGGAAUGGGAGGAGGAGGAGGACGAGGAGGAGAGGGAAGAGGAGGAGGGGGAAGAAGAGGGGGAAGGAGAUGGGGAAGAGGAGCAGGAGAAGGAGGAGGGGGAGAGUGAGGGAAGAGAAGGACGGAAAAGGAUCAGCAGCAGCAACGGGAAGCAGCGGGGAAAGGAGCAGGAGAACGACAAAGCAGCACAUGAGAAAGCAACAACGAACCGUAUCAGCUGCGAAAAGUGUACAGAGAGAAAUAGGUGCAGGGAUUGCGAGGGGUGCAAAGAGGCUAAUAGUGGAGGAGAAGCAGAUAAGAGGGGCUCGGCCACAGUAGGAAAGGCACGAGAAGGUCGACCAGGAGAGGCGGAAAAAGCAGCAGAAGCAGUCGAUGAAACUUCAUUGAAUCACUUGAAUGCUGCUGGUAUAGGUCCCUUAGAUGGGUACGCGGAUGGUUUGGAAGACAACGCGGACCCCCUGGGCGGGUAUAUAGACCCACUGGAGCAAUAUAUGCUGUGGUCUGGCGUGGGGCUGGUGGGAGAGGGGGGAGGGGAGGAGGGGGAAGAUACGGGGGAGGAGGUGGGGGAGGAUGUGGGGGAGGAGGUAGGGGAGGUUGUGGGGCAGGCGGAGGUAGGGGGAGAUGGAGAGGGGACGGUGGGGGGAGGUGUAGGGGGAGAGGUUGGCGGAAAGGUAGGUGAAGAAGAGGGGGAUGAGGUGGGGGAAGGGGAGGUGGGGGAAGAGGGGAUGGAGAGGAAGGAGGUGAGUACAGGGAAUGAGAGGAGAGAGGUGGAGAGGCGAGAUGAGGAGGGGAGAGAGGAGGAGGGGAGGCAGGAGGAGGAGAGAGAGGAGGGAGGACAAAAGGAGGGGCGAGGGGAGGGGAGGCAAGAGAAGGGGGAAGAUGAGAAGGAAGUUAUUGAAGGGCGGGGUGUGAGAGAGGUUGGAGGGGAGAGGGAGGGGAAGGAAGGGAGGGGAGUGAGGGAGGUUGGAGGGGAGACGGAUGGGGGCGAAGGGAGGGGAGUGAGGGAGGUUGGAGGGGAGAGGGAGGGGGGCGAAGGGAGGGAGCAGGAGGAACGGGAGAGACAUGGAGUGGGGGAUGAGGGGCAGGGUGUGGAGUGUGGUGGCGGCAGAGAGAAGAAUGGGCAGAAUGAGAAUGAUAAGGAGAAUGAAAUUAGUGAGGCGAGAGAGGAUGACGAUGUGGUGGAAGUGACAGUGAUGGGAAAGGGAGAGGGAAAGGGCGGUAAAGGAGGAGGGGAGGUGGGUGAUGGUAGAGAGGCGAGGGAAGGCGAGGGUAUGGGGCGUGAUUGGGGGGAGUGUGACGUUGAGGAGUGUGAGAUAGUGGAGGGGAAUGUUCGGGGGAGGGAUGGUGAGGGAAGGGAUGUUGAAGAGAGAAGGGGAAGGCGAGUGGCUGGUGAAGUGAGAAGAGGGCGAGUGGGAGAGAAAGGCAGGAGUGGAAGGGAGAAGGGGAAGGUAAAGAAGAGAGAAAGGGAGGGAAAGAGGAGUCGGAGAGGAGAAGAGAAGGCGAGGGCACAUGAGGAGGAGGAGGAGGGAGAGGACGGAGGGGAGAGGGAGGAGGAAGAGGGUGAAGAGGUGGAGGAGAUUGAAAUGGUGGAGGGGGGGGAGAAGGAGGAGGAGAAGAAGGUGGGGGAAGAAGAGGUGAAGGGCAGAAAGAGGGGACAAAAGCGGAGUAAGCACGAGGAGAGGGAGAAUGAGAGGAAUGAUGAGGGUAAGGAGGAUGAGGAUGAGGAGGAGGAGGUGGAAGAGAUAAAGGUAGAAGAUAUACAGGAGGACAGGAGCAAGAGGAAUAAGAGGAAGCGCAAGGAGAGGCAGGGGGGAGAAAAGGAGAAGGAGGCGAGAAAGAGGUCAAAGUACCAGAAAGAAGAGGAGAAAGAGGAAGAGGAGGAUUCGGGAGAGGAGGAGGAGAGUGAGGAGGAGGAAGUGGAGCAGGGCAAGGGGGGAAGGAGGUGUAAGGCGAAGGAGAAGCGGUAUGAGUGUGGGCAGUGCGGCAUGGCGUUCACUCGACCGGCAUAUGUGCGACAACACAUGGCCACCCACGCGAACCAGAAGUCGUUUGUGUGCCCACACGAGGACUGCAGAAGAGCGUUCGGGAGGAAGUACCACCUGCAGCGCCACAUGCAGUCGCAUGCUCCCGACCGGUUCCCCUGCCCACACCCGCAGUGCACCAAGACGUUCAGCCUGCACGCCAGCAUGCAGCGGCACGUGAGGGAGCAGCACUGGGAGGAGGAGGGCAUUCGAGACCGGCUUGAUCGAAUCAACAGAGAGAUCAAGGCGAAGCAGCAACGGCACGGGAGGGAGGUUGAUGUUCUCCUGAUUCUCUUGCCUCCCUCCAUCUGUGCAACCCCUACAUCCCCACCCUACCAGUUUCCGUGUCCGCACCCACAGUGCACCCAAACGUUCAGCCUGCACGCCAGCAUGCAGCGGCACGUGAGGGAACAGCACUGGGAGGAGGAGGGCAUCCGAGACCGGCUGGAUAGAGUAAAUAGAGAGAGCAAGGGGAAGCAGGAGGAGGAGGGGGGGAUUGGUGAUCGGUUGUGUAGGGUGAAGAGAGAGAGUAAGGGAGGGGGUGCGGAGCAUAAGGUUCAGGAGAAGGAGGGGGUCCAGGAGAGAAGACAGCAGAAGGGACAGCAGAAAACAGAGGAGAAAGCACAGGGGAAGACACAGGAAGCACAGGAGAAAAUGCAGAAAGCACAGGAAAUAAUACAGGAGAAACCGAAGGAGAAAACGCAGGAGGAAGCGCAGGAGAAAACACAAGAGAAGGAAUUUGAGAAGACAGCAGAAGCAACAGGAGGGAUUGGAGGAGGGGGGAAGGAGGGGAUAGCUGGGAAUGAGGAGCGGAGAGGAGGGGAGGAGGAGCAGAGAGGAAGGGAGGAGAGGAAAGCAGGGGAGGGGGAGAGGGAGGAGGAAAGGAGAGGUGGAGACGAGGGGAGAGGAGGGGAGGAGGAGAGGGAGGAGGAAAAGAGAGGUGGAGACGAGAAGAGAGGAGGUGAGGAGGAGAGGAUCGCAGCAGAGGGGGAAAGGAGAGGAGGGGGAAAUCAGAAGAGAGAAGGCGAGCAGGAGGAGAGAAGGGGUGAUGAAGGGGCUGGAAAGGGUUUGAGUGUGAUGGGGAGUGGUGAGAAGCGGUUUGACACUCAAAUGUGUGAUGCUGAAUUGUUUGAUGCUGCUGAAGCAGACAGGCAAGAAUCUGCUGACGUGGAGGAUAACAGAGAGAUCCUUGCGACCAAUGGGAGAGAAGGGGCGGUGCAAGGGAUGCAGGGCCACCUGCAGCAACAGAAGCAGCACCUGAAGAAACACCUGGAGGUUGGUGAGGAUCGCCUGGAGAAGCACCUGAAGGAGAAGGAGCAGCCUGGUAUGGAGAUGAAAAAUCACCUGAACCAACAGAAGGAACAGCUGAGGGCAAUAAAGGAGCACUUGAGGAGGAAGGAGAUUCUCCUAAAGGAGGAGGAGGAUUUUCUGAGGCGGCAGCAGGAGCACCUGAGACAACAGAGGGAGCACCUGAAACAACAGAACGAGGAUCUGAGGCAACGAGAGGAGCAAUUAGCAAGGCAAGAGCAGCACCUGGGGGAACACCUGAGCGGGGAGCACCUGGGGGAAGAGCACCUGGGAGGACACCUGAGGGGGCACCUGAGGGGGAAGCACGUGGGGGGGAAUGGGUUGCUACUGCUGCAAGAUGCAGUAUGCUUAAGCUCUGGUGCUGCUGUGGGGACGACUGGUGGUGGUGUGGCGGCAGCUGAUGCUGACGUGGCAGCUCGUGCUGAUGUGGCAGCAACUGAUGGUGAUGCAGAAGUGGCUGUUUGUGAUGUGGCAGGUGGCGAUGGUGAUAUUACAGCAGCUGAUGGUGAUGUGGCAGAAGCUGUUGAUGAGGUGGCAACCGAUGCCGAUGCAAUGGCGACCGUUGGUACGAGUGUGGGCGGUGGGGGGACUGGUUGUGUGGCUGGUGGUGUGGCUGGUGGUGUGGCUGGUGAGGGUGCUGAUGGGAGGAUAAGGGAAGGCGUGAGGGAAGUGGAGGUGGCGAUGCGAGGAGAAGGAGGGGGAGGGGGUGAGGGGAAGGUGGAGGUUGGCAAAGGAGCAAUGGCAUCAGAAGUGGCGGUUGGUACAGGAGCUGUGGCGUCAGGGGGUGGUUGUGAGGCGCCUCAAAAGUUGAUGCGAGGAGAGGAGGGAAGGGGAGCGGGUCAGGGGAAGGUGGAGGUUGGCAAAGGAGCAAUGGCAUCAGAAGUGGCGUCAGAGGGGGUAAGGAAGUACAAGCAGGCUGGGAUGAUGAGCUGGAAGCGAAGGAGGUGGUGUGAUAAGGACGUGGUGAGAGAUAAGCAUGUGGUGAGAAGCAAGGAGAUGGCGGCAGGAAAGCUGGUAAAGUGUAAGGAACGAGAUGGCAAGACAAGGGAGAGGAAGCUGGAGGCAUUGGGAGAAGGCAAGUCAAGGAAGGGACCAUGUGAAGGCACUGAGGCAAGGCACGCAGAAGGGGAAGGAGCUUCGACAGGGAGCGAAGGAGAGGGCGACACAUCAGCAUCAAGUGACGGGGAUGCAGCAGCAGAAAGUACAGCUGCAGCAGCAGCAGCAGCAGCAGCAGCAGGGGAGGGCACGGAUGGCGCAGCAGAGGGAGCAGAUGGGGCCAUAUGUGGCUUCUGCUUUGCUGCCUUCCCGUCCCUCCCUGCCUUGGAGCAGCACACACAGCAGCAGCACCGCUCCGUGCCAUGCCAGCACUGCAACAAGCGCGUCUCUUUCUCUCGCUUCAAGCGCCAUUUGAAGGAGCAGCAUGAGGUGGAGCAACGACCAUCCCACCCAUGCAAGGUGGAUGGGUGCAGCAAGGCGUUCAGCUCUCCCAGCAACCCGAGGGCGCACAUCAGGGCGUGUCACCAGAAGGACCGCCCUUUUACAAGCUCACUUAUUGCAUGGCCCUCUUCCUACUCUCCCUCCUCUCCCUUUCUUCCCCCCCUCCUUCUCAGAGCAGCCCAGCAACCUGAGAACGCACAUUAG